AUGUCGCUUGGAGGUAUAAGAGAGCGACGAUCGCCCACGAUUUCCGAUUUGAUCAUCUUCUCCACGGACUGGUUCCUCACUAACGUCUUCCCCACCUUUUUCUUCUAUUGCUCUCAUUGCACUCUUCGCUCCACUGGUAAGUUUUCGACGGAUGGCCCGUUUCACGUCCGAGCUAAGUGUUGCUUAUACUGCCGCGUACAUCUGUACCCAGGCUGGAACGAAUCGUUGUUUUGUCCCUUGUAAUCCUCAUCUUGACCAACCUUGCACGCAUCCCAUCGCCCGCCAUGCACUCACACGCUCUUCUGUCUCUCGGCCUCCUUGCCGCAAGCUGUGCCACCACCCUAGCACUGCCGGUACCGACGACUGACCAAGUCCAUGGCUUACUCCAAGCUCGUGAUGGAGCCAAGGGCAAAGUUUCGACCUCGUGGAACUGGGACAAACCCCAACGUCGCGCCGACAAACCAAAAGUGUCGGUCGCGUGGAACUGGGACACGCCUCAUGCGCGAGAUGCGAUCAACGAGCUGGUGUAUGCUACUCGUAAGUGUACUUGCCAGGUGCAUUUGUUUGAACGACACUUUUGCUGAUUUCACGCUCACAUUGAUCUGGUAACAUGCAGGCGACACACCUGGUCAGCUGGACCGUCGGCUGGGCGGGCACAUGGCUGAGGGAGCGAAGGCUGCAGCUGAUGGGGCACGCCCCGUUCAGCAAAUCAACAACAAUGACUAUGGCGACAAUUAUGGCAACGUCGAGGGAAAUGUCCACAAUGGCGAUAGUCUGAACAACUCGCCUGCCAAUCAUCACAGGCGCAACACGAUCAGCAACAACUAUGGAGAUGCCUACGGCGCUGUUCAAGGCGAUGUACACAACGGAGACACAUUCGAAAACUCUCCCUUUUCCUCAUCGCACCGCACCGGCAUCAAGUCGAGGGACAAUAUUUCCAACAAUUACGGAGAUGCCUACGGCACUGUUCAAGGCGAUGUACACAAUGGAGACACAUUCGAAAACUCUCCCUUUUCCUCCUCGCACCGCACCGGCAUCAAGUCGAGGGACAACAUUUCCAACAAUUACGGAGACGCUUACGGCGCUGUUGAAGGCGAUGUUCACAAUGGCGAUACUUUUGAGGAUUCUCCUGGCUCUCAAUCUCACCACGAAGGCAUCAAGGCGAGAGACAAUGUCAAGUACGAUUAA